GCAGGCCCAGGCGAGCGGGCAUCCGCGUUCAUGUUCCGCCAGGAGCAGCCGCUGGCCGAGGGCAGCUUUGCGCCCAUGGGCUCCCUGCAGCCGGACGCGGGCAACGCAAGCUGGAACGGGACCGAGGCGCCGGGGGCCGGCGCCCGGGCCACCCCCUACUCCCUGCAGGUGACGCUGACGCUGGUGUGCCUGGCCGGCCUGCUCAUGCUGUUCACUGUGUUCGGAAACGUGCUUGUCAUCAUUGCCGUGUUCACAAGCCGCGCGCUCAAGGCGCCCCAGAACCUCUUCCUGGUGUCUCUGGCCUCGGCCGACAUCCUGGUGGCCACGCUUGUCAUCCCUUUCUCGCUGGCCAACGAGGUCAUGGGCUACUGGUAUUUCGGCAAGGCGUGGUGUGAGAUCUACCUGGCACUCGACGUGCUCUUCUGCACGUCGUCCAUUGUGCACCUGUGUGCCAUCAGCCUGGAUCGUUACUGGUCCAUCUCCCAGGCCAUCGAAUACAACCUGAAGCGCACGCCACGUCGCAUCAAGGCCAUCAUCUUCACCGUGUGGGUUAUCUCGGCCGUUAUCUCCUUUCCGCCGCUCAUCUCCUUCGAGAAGAAGAAACGCGGCAGUGGCCAGCAGCCGGCCGAGCCGCGCUGCGAGAUCAACGACCAGAAGUGGUAUGUCAUCUCGUCCUGCAUCGGCUCUUUCUUCGCACCCUGCCUCAUCAUGAUCCUGGUCUAUGUUCGCACCUACCAGAUCGCCAAGCGCCGCACCCGCGUCGCGCUGGCGCGGGCGGCAAACCGGGAGAAGCGCUUCACCUUCGUGCUGGCGGUGGUCAUCGGGGUGUUCGUGGUGUGCUGGUUCCCCUUCUUCUUCACCUACACGCUCACGGCCGUCGGCUGCUCCGUGCCGCGCACGCUCUUCAAGUUCUUCUUCUGGUUCGGCUACUGCAACAGCUCGCUGAACCCGGUCAUCUACACCAUCUUCAAUCACGACUUCCGCCGCGCCUUCAAGAAGAUCCUCUGCCGAGGGGACAGAAAGCGCAUCGUGUGAGCGCGGAGUCCGCGCCGCGCGAACAGACUCGCGCCCACCGCAGGCAGCUGGGAUCGAGGGGCGCGUUUAUGCAGCCCCAGCACCCCGAAGCCGGGGUCCAGCCUAUUCUGAGUUUCCUGGCCCGAGGGUUGCUCUGCGGGCGUCCCGCCGGCAUCUGUACUCCCCUACCAGAGAAAGUCCUGACAAGGGGGAGGGUCCCCAAUUGCUGUCUGGACCGCUCCUCACGCGGAGCGAUCUGCCUGGAUCUUGGGCCUCCCCAAAGCAGUAUUGUUUCCUAAAGGUAUUUUCACCUCCCAAGGUCCAGUUCUCAUGGCAGUUCAGAGCAAGCAGUUGAUCCCAGCGGGCAUGGCUCACAAAAGGUUAAUGGAUGGGGGUUUCCCAGCCCUGGCUAAUUGCUCUCCCCUCCCCCAACUCUAUUUUUAAACAAACGCUCAGGGCAGCCCUGCUCGCCCUCCCAUCCAGCCCCUGUAAACACACACUAUUUUUGAUAGUACAUGGGGGUUGGGGGGUGGUCCCCAAUAUCUUUUGGCUUUUGAGGUCGGAAUCCUGGCUGUUGGAGAUGCCCUCCAGGCAGACGAUGGUGUCUAGUUCAGGGCAAGCCUCUUUGCAGUUCGAUCCCUUUUCUACUGUCAUUACCUCCCUCUGUGUCCUUUUCACCAGCAACUGGUGACUGUCCCUUGGGACUGGACCUGCUUUGAGAUUUCCUGAGGGGGGAAAGAUUUCUGUCCACUUUUCCCCCUGUGCCUAACAGCAUAAUUGCCUUUUCCUAUGUAAAUAUUACAAUGAUGGACCAAGAAAGAAGUAAAUGAAACUCUGCCUUGCAGCAGCCCUGUGUAUAAAGCCAUUAUCCUCUGAUGCAUUCUUCGCCCCCGUACCUCACUUUAAAACCUCUUUCCAGUGUCCCCUCCCUCCUUUCCUCUGGGGCCACUGCUUGAAGUAUAUGUAUGUUUCCAUCUUUUAUGUAUGUGCACGCCUCACUCCCCCAAAGUGCUGACUGUGCGAAAUCUUUUACCUGCUGUUUUUAGACACAGAGAAGUGGAAAUUAUGUGGAAGAAGCAAACCUGAUACAAUUUGCCCAAGGUAAACAGUUUGAAAAGACAAAUGGGCCUGCCAGACUGUACAGUUCCUGCCCCAAGAGCUCUUACGUAUCAAAGUGUUGUCCAUUUUUCCUCCCUUUUUUUCUGGUUGAGCUCAAGUCAUUGCUGAACUCCCAGAGUUUAGGGAGGAGGGCAGAGACCUUGUUUACAUUCAAGUUUCCACAUGUUUUAGACAAAGACUCUUUCAGGCCUGCACUCUUAUUUCACUAAAGAAAAACUAAUGUCAGCGGAUUUUUUUUUAAUAAAAAGUUUACAGAGCAAAUGUGAAAUAAAUAUGAAUUAAAUUGUC